CUGGGUCCAUCCUUUAUAUCCAACAUAUUUUUCUUACAACAAGCAGUCAACUUCUCGACAGUUUGCGGUGAUGCACCGAAUGACAUGUGCAGAUCAUCUGACAAUCGCCUCGGUGCUGCGGACGGGAUUCCUGGAUUCCCCGCUAGAAUCAGGUUUGAAUUUCCCGCAAUUCCCGUAUCCAAAUACUCCGGGCCCGUACCUUUUUUAAAACGUGGUUGAUUAUGUACGUACCGGUGUCGUAGCCUGUUUUUGAACGGCCGUACAAAAUUGCGAUGCAAGUGAAAUCAUUUAUGCACUCAACACAUCAAUAAUCUUGAUAUUGAUGUCUGCCGUGUCUGGCAAUUCCAGAGAAAAUAUGAAAGGUUGUUUUAGAGAACAAUCUAAAAGGUCAAAAACACAGUAAAAAAUUAAAGAGCUCUUUUCCAGAAACAAAUAAUAUUAUUUGUAUAUAUGUAAUAAUUCGAUAAAUUAAAUUACUUGCCGUACGUUACUAAUACGUAAUGUUAAUUGUCAUAAAAGUCCUUGUAAAGCUCUUUCAUUAACAAACUGAUGAAACAUUGAUCCUGUGAAAUUCGUUAAUUAGAACAGUGUAGUAUUUAUUUAGUUUUUGGCACAUUCUGUAUAUCAGUUGUGAAUACUGACGUGGCCAAACGUCGCCGGUCGAUCUCGUGUGUCAGUCCCUGGAAGUGUCAAGAGUUGCGGCGAUAAUGCAGCGAUAUAAUUCAUGAUUAAUUUGUUUUCAUGUACUUCUCUUACAUCGUUGAAUCACGUUAGCUUGUGUGUGGGAUGCACUAUCUUGAGAUCUUAUCAGCACUCUACAUAAUGUAACCUCACAUGUGUCCUUGCUGUCUGGAAGUUGUCCUGAUGUCAAAUCUGUUCACAUCGAGCUGGUGACAGUUCAGGGAAGACAGUUUUGUACCCAAUAAAAAUGUUUUGUGUGUGCGAAAAUGUACUAUUGAGUGACAUUUCUUCAAAAUUAACCUCAGAUUCUUUGAAAGAGUUUCUACGUGAAGAAUUUGGACCUGAUGCAGAAUUUGUGCAAUAUAAAAUUUUAACAGGUGCAUCAAAAGGAGAAAGUUAUUUGAGUACUGUUUAUAGAAUUGAAGUGGAAGGAAAAUCUUCCAGAGAUGAGAAGAAAUUAGUGUUACAUCUAAUUGUAAAAUGUCUCCCUGCAAGUGCUGCAAGAAGAAAAACUUUUAGAUCACUUGAAUUUUUUCGUAAUGAAGUAGCAUUUUAUAAUAAGGUUGUUCCAGUAUUCAUAGAAUUCCAAAAUAAACAAAAACCCAAACACCCUUUUGUAGAAUUUCCAAGAUGUUAUUUUGCUUUGGCUGAUGGCGAAAAUGAUAUUGUUGUAAUGGAAGAUGUAUCAUAUAAAAAUUAUAAAACUACAAACCGGCAGGAUGGGCUGAACUAUGAACAAUGUGAAAUUCUUAUGAAUGUGUUGGGAAGAUUUCAUGCUUUAUCCAUGGCUAUGAAAGAGAAAGAACCAGGAGCUUUCAAAGAGGCUGUGUCUAGCUUAUUUGAAACUUAUUACAAACCUGCAACUAAAGCAUGGUACAUAAACCAGUUGCAGUUAUUCACUGACAUUGCUAUUGAUGCAGUUACUAAAGAACUUCAAGAGAAAGUGUACGAAGAAAAACUUAGAAGAUUUGCUGAUAAUUCAUGCUUUGAUAGAAUGUGUGAAUAUGUCAAACCAAAAGAACCAUAUGCUGUUAUUUCUCAUGGUGAUGCAUGGGCUCCCAAUUUCUUAGUGCGUUGUUCUGCUGAAAAUGAGAAUGGGAAAGUUGAAGGAAUAUGCAUGAUUGAUUAUCAAUUAGCCCGAUACAGUUCACCCGUUCUUGAUAUUUCAUUUUUUCUGUAUUCUUGUGCUUCUGAGAAUGUUUUGUUCAAUCAAUUUGAUGAUAUAUUGAAAGCAUACUACAAGAGUUUAAUUGACUUUGUUACUGAUCUUGGAUCACCUGCAGAAAUUUUGUUUCCAUUUAAAGAAUUUCAGAAAGAAAUUCUUUCUUAUUUUGCAUUUGGAUUGGGAAUGUCUCUGGAGUCAGUUCCUUUAUCUAUACUUGAUGCAGACCAAACACCUGAUGUAGAGUCUAUGAGUGGUGAAGAAGAAAUUCCAUUGACAGAAAUUUGGGCUUUAAAACCAAUUGAAAGUAAAGAAGGAAGGAUGCGCUUAGCACUUAAUGUGAAGCAUGCUGUUGACAACAAGUUCAUAUUAUGAUUUCUAUUUUUUUCUUGAUAUUAGUUAUGAAAAUGAUUAUUAUAUUUUGUAUUUUCAUAUUAUCUUGUAAAUGAAAAACUUAGAAUAAAAUUUCUUAAUAGUGUAAUAUCUAGAAUUUCAUUUCAAGGUACCAUUAAGGAGUUACUUGUUUCACACUUGGAAAUGAAACUCAUUGCAAAGUACAAUUAGAAACUGAAUCACAGGCUGACAAGACACAUAUUGUUCAUUAAAUUCACUGAAUUUGCACUCUUUUGCUGACCUAUUUUGGCCCCUGUAUGACCUUCCAUUUCAAAACAAAAAAUUUGGUUGAAUAUUUGAGGUUUGUCAUUACAAGAACUACAUCACCUGUAUACUAAGUACAUGAAGUCUCUGUAUUUUUCAUAUUUUAACUUAGUCUUAACAUUGCCUAAUAUUUACUAGCUUUCUUAUUAGAUAGGUUUGGUAACAUAUGCUUUGAAACUCAUCUUUGAAAUAACACGUUUCACAUAGCAAAUUAUUUCUAACACUUGAAAUUCUAGUAAUUAAAAUGUGAUUGCAUAAUAAUUUUCACAUUGUAAAUCAUUUAAUGCAUUAGUUAUUAAAAUAUUUUAUUUUUAAAAGUACACAAUGAAGUUUAAAAAACAUACAAUGAAAGAUCAUUAUAAAAUUGACAACAAUAUACUAUUUAUCUUGUGAAGUUUUUGUUAAAAUUUGGAAUUGAACAAAAUAAUUAUAUUUUAAAAACUAAGACAACAAGAUGAUUCUUUCAAAAACCUUUCAUUUUGCAAGAUGCCAAAUAUUCACAAUGUAGCUGGAACAUGUUAUUGUUGAUAUUACAUUAUUAAUGUAACAAAAUAAUAAGAAUAGAGUAUCAUUUGUACCUUACCAAAAUGCCCUGCCAUACUGAUCAUGAAAGCAAGUAGAAAAGCCAAAUUUAUCAUUCAGUCUUUUGGCAGAGGAUGUGACCUCUGAAAGGUAAUGAAGGAAAUUAAUACAAAUAAAAUUGAAGGUUCUGUAUUGAAAAUUACUGACAUUUUAUAAUCCCAAAUACUUAUUUACACAAUAUGACAACUCAUUCAAUUAUUUUUACAAUUUAUGUCCACGUGUUUGGCCAUAGUUAUCUCAGGAGCAG